UGCCAGCGUGGAAACCACGGCCUGGCGCGGGAGGCGGAAGUAGUGCCCGGGAGCGCCGGGCCACCGUCGGGCUGUGCUGGUCGCCCCUGCCAUGGACACGUCCCUGGAGAAGGUCUGCACGGUAGUAGACCCUACAUUAGCUGAAAUGGGAAAAAACUUGAAGGAGGCGAUGCAGAUGCUAGAGGACAGUCAGAGGAGAACAGAGGAAGAAAAUGAAAAGAAGCUCCCGUCAGGGGAUAUUCCAGGGCCACUCCAGGGCAGUGGACAAGAUAUGGUGAGCAUCCUCCAGUUAGUUCAGAACCUGAUGCACGGAGAUGAAGACGGGGAGCCCCAGAGUUCUCGAAUCCAGAAUAUUGGAGAGCAAGGUCACAUGGCUUUAUUGGGGCAUAGUCUGGGUGCUUAUAUUUCUACUCUGGACAAAGAGAAGCUGAGAAAACUUACAACUAGGAUACUUUCAGAUACCACCUUAUGGCUAUGCAGAAUUUUCAGGUAUGAAAAUGGCUGUGCUUAUUUCCACGAAGAUGAAAGAGAGGGACUUGCAAAGAUCUGUAGGCUUGCCAUUCAUUCUCGAUAUGAAGACUUCGUAGUGGAUGGAUUCAAUGUGUUAUAUAACAAAAAACCUGUUAUAUAUCUUAGUGCUGCUGCUAGACCUGGCCUGGGCCAGUACCUUUGUAAUCAGCUUAGCUUGCCUUUCCCCUGCUUGUGUCGUGUGCCCUGUAACACUAUGUUUGGAUCUCAGCAUCAGAUGGAUGUUGCCUUCCUGGAGAAAAUGAUUAAAGAUGACAUAGAACAAGGAAGACUGCCCCUGUUGCUUGUUGCAAAUGCUGGAACUGCAGCAGUAGGGCACACAGAUAAGAUUGGGCGUUUGAAAGAACUCUGUGAACAAUAUGGCAUGUGGCUUCACGUGGAAGGUGUGAAUCUGGCAACAUUGGCUCUAGGUUAUGUAUCCUCAUCGGUGCUGGCUGCAACCAAAUGUGACAGCAUGACGUUAACUCCUGGCCCAUGGCUAGGUUUGCCAGCUGUUCCUGCAGUUACACUUUACAAGCACGAUGAUCCUGCCUUGACUUUAGUUGCUGGCCUUACAUCAAACAAGCCAGCAGACAAACUCCGUGCCCUGCCACUAUGGCUGUCUUUACAAUACUUGGGUCUUGAUGGGGUUGUGGAAAGGAUAAAACAUGCCUGCCAACUGAGUCAACGGUUGCAAGAAAGUUUGAAAAAAGUGGACCACAUCAAAAUCUUGGUGGAAGAUGAGUUCAGCUCCCCGGUAGUGGUGUUCAAAUUUUUCCAGGAAUUACCAGGCUCAGAUCCAGGGCUUAACGCUGUACCAGCACCCAACAUGGCACCUUCAACAGUCAGCCAGGAGAGGCACUCCUGUGAUGCUCUGAAUCGCUGGCUGGGAGAACAGCUGAAGCAGCUGGUGCCGGCGAGCGGCCUCACUGUCAUGGACCUGGAAGCGGAGGGCUUGUGUUUGCGGUUCAGCCCUCUGAUGACAGCAGCAGCUUUAGGAACUCGGUGUGAGGAUGUGGAUCAGCUUGUCACCUGCAUAAAAAGCAAGCUGCCGGUUCUGACCUGUACGCUGCAGUUGAGAGAAGAGUUCAAGCAGGAAGUGGAAGGAACGUCAGGCCUCUUACACGUGGAUGACCCUAACUGGCCUGGAAUCGGGGUUGUCAGGUAUGAACAUGCUAAUGAUGAUAAAAGCAGUUUGAAAUCAGAUCCUGAAGGGGAAAAAAUCCAUGCUGGACUCCUGAAAAAGUUAAAUGAACUGGAAUCUGACCUUACGUUUAAAAUGGGCCCCGAGUAUAGAAGUAUGAAGAGCUGUAUUUACAUUGGCAUGGCCAGUGAUGACAUAGAUGUUUCCGAACUAGUGGAGACCAUUGCAGUCACAGCCCGAGAAAUUGAGGAAAACUCAAGGCUUCUGGAAAACAUGACUGAAAUUGUUAGGAAGGGAAUUCAGGAAGCUCAGGUUCAACUGCAGAAGGCAAAUGAGGAACGGCUUCUGGAAGAGGGAGUGUUACGGCAGAUCCCUGUAGUAGGAUCCGUGCUGAAUUGGUUUUCUCCAUUACAAGCUUCACAAAAGGGAAGAACUUUUAACUUAACAGCAGGCUCUCUGGAGUCCACAGAACAUACAUACGUCUCCAAAGUACAAGGCACAGGAGUGACACCGCCUCCAACCCCCUCAGGCACUCGCUCUAAACAAAGACUUCCAGGCCAGAAGCCUUUUAAAAAGUCGCUACGUGGCUCAGAUGCAAUGAGUGAGACAAGCUCAGUCAGUCACAUUGAAGACUUAGAAAAGAUGGAGCAACUGUCCACUGGGCCAGAGCAAGACACCCCAGAGGCCAACAGCCCUGAGCAGCACCCCGGGGCUCCCAGCCCUCAGGAAGCAGACCAGGCUGAGGCCCUCCAGGAGAAGGCCCAGCACCCAAAAGAUGACUGCCCACAGGCAGAAGAACUGGAGAGCUUAAGAUAAAAAUGAAGAAACCAGGGUUCCGAGAGUUAAGAUUUGCCCAACCUGUAAAUUCUCACCUCUAGUAUUUGCUUAUCGUCUUGCUGCAGCCAGAAAUCCACAUGUGGAAACGGCAUCCAGGAAU